AUGAGUGAAUACCAGCGAGAAGACAAGCUGCAGGGGAUAGACAAAGUAGAGUGGAAGCAAAAGAUCAAGGAGGCUGUAAGACUGCUGAACUGAAGGCAAUCGAUGUAUAGGCUGGAAACUGAAAAUGAAAAAUCUACACGAAUGUACAGGUCUCUCAUGGUAGGGAUGGAUUCUACAGAUGCAUCAGCAUUUGUCAAGAUUAAUUCAUGCAAUGGAGCUGCAUUAGGAAUGAUACAUAGAAUGAGAGCAGGCUUCAACUUCUGUAACCUAAUGCAAAAUUAA